AUGGCAGAAUGUACCUUAGAGACCACCAACGGUCAGAAGUACCCACGCUGUACUCCGCGACUGGCAGCGAGCGCAUCCGGUACGGAUACUAACCCCCGCGACAACUACCGCAGAACCUUGGCCCUCAAUGAAGCAGCCCGAGACAAGCCAGCUUGCUAUGACUACAUCACUGCCCUGCGUCAGCUGCCAGCCGAAGUCCUUCUGCAAGAGGAGUUCCAGCUCAUCGCCGCUAACCGCACAAACGCCCUCGCCCUUGUCAACCCCGCCGGGCUCACCACUUCCACUCCCACUCCCACUCCCACUCCUCACCACCACCAGUCCCCGGCUCCCAGCAACGCCAGCAUCUCCCUCACCGACAUGGCUCUCGAGGACGGCGACCGUCAGCUCUGCUCCAAUCUCCAAAAGCUUAUACACACCUACAAAGCCCAUUCUCAGGCCCCUAAUCCUACUCUGCCACACAAGACUCGCCGCGGCAUUCGAGCCCAGGGCAAACAGCCCCGCAAGCCUAACACCGUCCAGGAUGUCGCCUUUCCAUCGACUUCGCCAUCGCCGCCACCCAGGGAAACGGCCCCGACCUAUCCCAUACCACAACAAGCUCCCCACCCGUCGUCGUCGUCGUCGUCGUCGUCGUCAUCGUCAUCCCACAUGAUUCUAGGACUGCAGCCUUCCUAG